AUGCCUCGGGUGGAUGCAGACCUCAAGCUGGACUUCAAAGAUGUCCUCUUCAGACCCAAGAGGAGCAGCCUGAAGAGCCGCUCAGAGGUGGACCUGCAGAGGACCUUCACAUUCCGCAACUCCAAACAGACGUACACCGGCAUCCCCAUCAUUGCCGCCAACAUGGACACUACAGGAACCUUUGAGAUGGCCAAGGUGCUCAGUAAACACACCCUCUUCACAGCCAUUCACAAGCACUACUCUUUGGAAGACUGGAAAAACUUUGCUGCUAACAACCCAGAAUGCAUAGAGCAUAUCGCUGCCAGCUCAGGCAGCGGCAAGGCAGAUCUGGAGAAGCUGUGCGCCAUUGUGGAAGCCAUCCCUUCCCUCAAGUACAUCUGUCUGGACGUGGCCAACGGGUACUCUGAGUACUUUGUGGAGUUUGUCAAGACAGUGAGAGAAAAGUUCCCCAAGCACACCAUCAUGGCCGGCAAUGUGGUGACGGGGGAGAUGGUGGAGGAGCUCAUUCUGUCAGGCGCUGACAUCAUAAAAGUCGGCAUUGGUCCAGGAUCCGUGUGCACAACCCGCAUCAAGACAGGCGUGGGCUACCCUCAGCUCAGUGCUGUGAUAGAGUGUGCAGACUCUGCCCACGGACUCAAAGGACACAUUAUCUCUGAUGGAGGCUGCAGCUGCCCAGGCGAUGUGGCCAAGGCCUUUGGCGCGGGGGCAGACUUUGUGAUGAUGGGCGGCAUGCUGGCAGGUCACGACCAGUGUUCUGGAGAGGUCAUCGAGAAGGAUGGGAAGAAGUUCAAACUCUUCUAUGGCAUGAGCUCUGACACGGCCAUGAAGAAAUAUGUGGGAGGGGUCGCCGAAUACAGGGCAUCAGAGGGCAGGACAGUGCAGGUCCCCUACAGGGGGGACGUGGAGGACACCAUCCGGGAUGUGUUGGGAGGUCUGCGCUCCACCUGCACCUACGUCGGCGCCGCAAAACUCAAAGAACUCAGCCGAAGAACCACCUUUAUCCGCGUGACACAGCAGUCCAGCCACAUGUUCUCUUAG